CUAACAGCAGAGAAAGGCUGUAAAAAUUGAUGACAUGAGUCUUUCCAUGUUAGGUAUUAAUUAAAUUUCUCAAUGUAGUGUUAAAAUCUGACUCUGUAUGUUUCUCUUUGUUCGUUAUCAUGAACAUUCCCUUACUCCAACAGGUGGACCUCGAUCGUAAGUGAUAUUUGACAGACCUGGAGUCACUUUAAAGAUUAGGAGUGUCAGAGAACGGUAUUAUAAAGUCUAUUCAUAAAUACAUAAAGAUGGAUCCGAAUCAAUCAACGAUAUUCCCGGACGGAAAGAAUACACCAUAACUCCAGUGAUUAGAAGGACAAAGACCAAAGCGCGCUAAGCUAAAAGAACUUGUUGAAAAUGACGGCCACAAUGAGGAUCACAAGAACUGUGAUGAUGGCGAUUGUGAUUAGCCGAUUCGUAGCCAUCCUGUAUAUGCGUUAGCAAUGACUCUCGCUAGUGCAAAAGGGAGUGUGUCAUGGUAUUUACCUACGCGCCAUACCGCGCAGAGUCUUGACACUGCGGUCGACGUAACCCUCACUUUGCAAGAGGGUAUCAUGCGUAUGGGUGAUCAUUUCUCGCUGUCUGCUAAGAUCAGCCAACGUACUGGCUCCAAUAGCCUCCGUUUCAUUGGCAAGGGCCUGACUGGCCUUCAACCGUUGCGAGCUUCGCUCCAGGCGAUCGGUUCCGGAGAGGAGCUGUUGACGUUGCUCAAGGUGGAUAUCGGAAGCACCUCCAGGCUCGUCAGUAUAACGAGCACCGAAUAGUUGAGCUCUGUCUGAAGCUAGAGAAUCCAGCUUUCGGCGGUUGGCGUCGACAUCUGAUUCGUGGUUGCGGAAACGCUGGUUUACUUCGGCUCGGGAGGAGGUAGGGAUAUUCUGCUUCUCAAGUCGCAUCUGGCCAAGCUAUACAAAAGAUUAGUAUUAGAAAACGUCGCCUUGCUAGGUUAUUGUUCAGAGCGAGGCACGUACCAGCUCAUCUGCCUCCUCCAGUGCCCUCUUGGCCUGAGUAACUGCACUCUUGCGUUCCUCGCCGGUGAGUUCGGGAAUCUGAUCCAGCUUCUGUUGAAGGUCUGCCUGAACCAGCUUAAUUUCCGCCUCGUACGAGCCGAAGAGUUCGGAGCCCGCUGCCGAGUCGAGAGGGUUAGACAUGAUGUCGGAGAGCGCGAGAAAGGAGACGUCGGUUGGUUCGGUCGCGCGCGUGGCCUAGCUGAGUACAGAGCAAGUGACAGAGAAGCGCGAGAAUAUUGUCCGAUGCAGUAUUACGACUAAGAAGUGUGACAAAACGUAGAUGCAGUCGCGCUUGCUGGUGUUUGGUUGUUGAGGAGAAUAAGAACAGCCAGAGUCAACGCCAGCCUCGGAGAUGCAAGUGGUUACGACGCAAUGGGCACGCCAAGGCUGCUACAGUGGGCUGGCCGCUGGCUGCUGGGUGCUGUUGGGGCCUGCCGCGCUGCCAGCCACCCACUAAGACUGUCUGAAGCCGGACUGGCAGUCCAUCCCCCAAACACGUGAUUGCAUUGUUACGGCCUGAGGACGAGGCGGCUGCCCCACCUGCCUACCAUUUCUCCCGCCAGCGGCGCCGAAACUUUUCAGUCUUUUCUUCUUCUUCUUCAAAGUUGAUCACCCGGUGGAAGAAUAUAUAAUUGGCUCGACGUCUAUAGUUCCUACAUGGCGUAUAGUUGAACGAUCCGGGGAGAUAAUAUGCGGUCUUGGAAUUCGGAAUUUAUUCUAUUUUUCAAGGCUGCUCGGCGCUUCUAAGAAUUGGCGGCUCGUAUUCCAACGUUGCCCGAUCCCGUUGAGUGCUCGACAUGCCAGCAUCACAAGCUCAUUUGGAUGAUCCGUGAUGAAAAGGCACCGGUACUUUGGCUACCUUUUUGAGUCGGUGCCGUGCUUGGUGAAGAAACCGUAGAAACUUUAUAUGCACCGGGCUGCUGCCAACCCAACAUCGCCAACUGUUGAGAGUGUGUGUUGGGGCAGACACAAUAUGCCCGCUUACAGCGCUCUGUGACGUGCCGGCCUCCUGGCAAACGCCAUGGUCUCUACGCUAAACAGUAUGGGGAAUUCUAUUUAUUGCCCCUGCGGAAUUGACUUUUGCGCAUAAGAGUGCUACGUAGUUGAGACUCGAGCUAGGCUCCUGUGUGGAUGCUGCGUGGAACAAUGUCCGAUCUGGCUGGUCACGCUGGUGCGUCAUCCAUCAACCAUUUCCUUAGCCUAUCGGUUGACGCAGCAAAAUAAACCACGGGACCCUCGUCUGACAGUUCUCUCCAUCCAUCCAUCCAUCCUUCACCUCCCGGGCCGUUCCUCUUUUUUUUUUUUUUUGCUUUUUCCAAUUUCAUUUCAACGCUGUGGUUCAGCCGAUCGUGGCUGUCUGUUCACGCAAUGGUGGAAUCGAGACACGAGAAAAAGGUAGCCAUUGUUGGCAGUGGCAGCGCUGGCAUCGCUGCGCUCUGGGCCCUCAACAGAACAUACCAUGACGUCUAUCUCUAUGAGGCGGCGGAUCGCCUCGGUGGCCACACCAACACCGUGCAAUGGAAGGCAGGAAAAUAUCAAACGGCGGUUGAUACUGGCUUCAUUGUGUUAAACACGGCAACAUACCCAAACUUCAUCAACUUUCUGCAAAGGAUCGGAGUAGAAGCAGAAGAAACUGAAAUGACAUUCAGCGUUUCGCGCGACCAGGGCGCUUUUGAAUGGGCUGGAACAAAUUUAGCCACAGUCUUUUGUCAGAAACGCCGUCUCUUUUCGCCGCGCAUGUGGAGGAUGGUCUUUGACAUUAUUCGAUUCAACCAGUUUGCUCUCGACUUGCUUCUUAACGAAAGCGACGACCCUAAUCAUGACUCUAACAACGAAACAAUCGGUUCCUACCUUGAACGAGAAGGCUACUCAGAUGCCUUCCGCGACGACUAUUUGCUUCCCAUGACCGCAGCUGUUUGGAGUACUAGUCCUGACAAGUGCUCUCUGGAGUUCCCGGCAGUCACCCUUGUCCGAUUUUUGUGGAACCAUCAUCUUCUAUCCACAGUGUCAGCUAGACCUCAGUGGCUGACUGUCAAGAACGGCUCCAAGACUUACAUCGACACAGUCAUGAAAGGAUUCCCACCAAACCAUCUCCAUCUGAAAUCGCCUGUUCGCUCCGUCUCCAACGAUGUUGACGGCCGUGUACUGUUGCACCUGGAGAGUGGCAAGACAGAACUAUUCGACCAUGUUAUCCUUGCUACACAUGGUGACGAGGCUCUAUCUAUUCUUGGUCGUAGUGCGACACCGCAAGAGCGCUCGAUUCUUUCCGGCUUCCAAACGUCGCAAAAUGAGGCGAUUUUGCACUCCGAUACUGCAUUCAUGCCGCGAACAAAGUCGGCAUGGACCAGUUGGAACUACCUCACAAUGUCUGCUCCUGGCAAAGCCAAUGUCGACAAGGUCUCUCUAACAUACAACAUGAAUAUCUUGCAGCAUAUUCCCACAAAUCCAUUCGGUAAUGUUCUUGUUACGCUAAACCCUCUCCAACGCCCCCGACCAGAGACAAUCCAAGGAAAGUUCUGGUACUCUCAUCCCCUCUACACACCUGAGGCGAUUCGCGCCCAGAAGCUGUUGCAUCUCAUCCAAAACAAGCGCGGCAUCAGCUUUGCUGGAGCUUGGACGAAAUACGGAUUCCACGAAGAUGGUUUCAGCAGCGGUUUGGCCGUGGCACAAAACCAUCUUGGCGCUAAGCUCCCAUUUGAGUUUAAGGACUCGACAUACAGCAGAGGCAAGAAGCCACAAUUGGGCAUCUUGGAUCACCUACUGCGCUUGAUCAUCCUUGUUAUCCAGGUGUUUGUUAUUCAGGUCCUCGAACGCCUACUCACCAGCAAACGCCACAAGUCACGGGUAAUCACGAAUGCUAACGGUGUUGACACGAAAAGCAAAAAAUUGAACUGAUAGAGUCUCAUUGGCACGACAUCAUCUGCAUAUUUGGAUUCACGGCCCUGUAUUCAGGCUUUCCAUUUAUCCCUUAUCAUCUGCAUGCUCCUUGCAUUUACAAAUUUGAAGGUCAUAGUCACCGUCGACUGAAUUUACUAUCAAGUAUUGUAUUAAAUAGUUUUUUUUGAGUAAAUUGAAACCAUACCUUAUACACUCCCGUCAUGAAAUCAGACCAUCGCAGUUGGCUAUACAACAG